GAACGAUGGCCAGAAGUGAUGAAGCAUACUGGUGUGGAAUACAACAACUAAUUAGUAACCAAAUUUCAGUAUUUUUGUCAUUACUCUCUUGUAUAUACUGAUGAGAAUGACAUGAAGUGAAAAUGGAAUUUUUGCUAGGAAACUAUGUCCUAUAAAUAAUGAUACUCUCAUAGGCAUAUCAUUGUCAUUCUUGUAAUUGAUAUUCCCAUCCCAAUUUUCUAUUCCCUCUUUCUUAUAACAAAAUCAAUAACUUGUUGUGUACUCUACAUGUCUUUAUACUGUUCCAUCUUAGGUGCAAACAUAUCACAUAUAUUGAGACAUAGAAAGAGAAUUAACUUCUUAAAAGCAAAAACAAGUUCAUGCUUCUUAUCCUUCCAUUAUAAGAAACUCUCAUUCUCAAGUCAUAUUGGCUUUGUGUCGAAAUUCGAACAAAAUUAUUCUUCUCCCUUGAUGGAGGAGGACAAAAAAAUGGCUAGUCUUAUCUCACAGUCAGAAGAAUUUUCCAAAGAAUUGGAUGUUGCUGUCAGAGCAGUGCAGAUUGCUUGUUCUCUACGUAACAAAGUGCAAACAAAUUUGAUUUCGAAGGAUUGUAAUUCUUCAGUCACAGUUGCAGGUUGGAGUGUUAAAGCAAUCAUCGGUUGGAUACUGUGCGAAUGUUUAGGGGGUGAAAAUAUCUCUAUUCUAACUGAAGAGGAUGUUGUUCAGACUCUCUCCAAACCUAAUGCAACUGAACUGCUAGAAACUGUGGUAAAAAUUGUGAAUGAAUGUCUAGCGGAAGCACCUAGAUUUGGAUUUGAAGCACCAAAAUCAGCUCUUGAAACUUCAGAGGUACUUGAAAUCAUUCGUCCCUGCAACUCAAUUGAGGGUCCUUCUGGAAGAUUUUGGACAUUAGGGUUUGUAAGUGGUGAUCAAUAUGCUGUAGCUUUAUCACUCAUAGAGGAUAGAGAAGUGGUGGUUGGUGUUCUUGGGUGUCCUAACUAUCCUAUGAGAAAGGAUUGGCUUAGUUAUCAGCAAAGCUAUCAUAGGAUUGUAUCCAAGUUGAUUCCUCCAACAUCUGAAACAUGGAAUGAAGGUUGUGUAAUAUAUGCUAAAAAGGGUAGUGGCAAAGCUUGGAUUCAACCAGUGAUCCAUGUCAAUAAGAAGUUUGUGUGGCCAAAUCAUGCAAAACAAGUUUCUGUGUCUUCUAUUGAUAACCUAGGAUUGGCUACUUUCUGUCAAUCAGUUGAGAAGGCUAAUUCAAGCCACUCUUUUACUGAUGGACUGGCUCAUAGUGUUGGUCUCAGCAAUAAGCCCUUAAGAGUUUACAGCAUGAUGAAAUAUGCUGCAAUAGCUUGUGGGAAUGCUGAGGUAUUUAUGAAGUUUGCAAGGACUGGUUACAAGGAGAAAAUAUGGGAUCAUGCUGCUGGUGUUAUCAUCAUACAAGAGGCAGGAGGCACAGUAACAGAUGUUAGGGGGAGUUCCUUAGACUUCUCUAAAGGUUCAUAUUUAGAAGGGAUUGAUCGUGGUAUAGUUGCUUGUGCUGGAGCCACAUUACAUGAAAAGGUCAUAGAUGCUGUUGAUGCUAGUUGGGCCUCUUCUUGCCUUUGAUUUCAGACUUGUGUUUUAUAAUAACUACAUGUGUGUGUAAUGUAAACAUAUUGUUGUGUGAUCUUGUGAAUUAUAUUUGAUGUUUUACUUCACAGCUAUCAUACAAAUCACCCUGCUUUAACUAUUUGUACUAGUAGCUUGCUAUAGCAUGUAAUGAAAUGGUUUGAAAUAUAUGGAUUAGAACUUUGUUUUUGAAAAA